UCUACAUUCCACUUAUUUAAAAGUAUGUAGAUGUAGCCGUGUUCUAGCACGUUUGGACACAAUGUAUCUUAAAAACUGCUGUUUUGCUUAGUUUUUAGAGGUAGGCUAUAGCUACUUCUUUUGGUGUAAUGUGUUUUGCAAAUUAUGCCCUGCUGUCAAAAAGCAUACAAUUCCAUAGUUUUCUUGGACUUUACAACUUGUUUUCUUCCGUUCUGUCCCGUUACGCGCCCUCUUCCUCUUAUUCUUUUCCCUCUUUUUCAUUCCUGGUGAUGAAUAUUCUAUCUCAUUCCCGCUCCUUACACUUUGUUCUUUAAAGGGAUAAACGUAUUGAUUUUCAUCUAUUCAAUCCAUCCAACAUUUUGUUCCCUAAACAUUUCUCAACGCAGACAGCCAAAAUCUAAAGGAAUUCGGCGAGGUUUUGUUUUGGGGAGAGAACGUGAAGGGAGGAGAAAGAGCACAGAGUCAACAAUAACAACAACAAAACACUUUAGGUGUCCAGUUUCAGUCAUUUGUUAUUGUUACGAAAGAUUAGUGAAUAAAUCCUUUCAAAUAUGUUGUCCACGUAACUCCUGACAAAAAUUCAUACAAAAUGACUGUUUCUGAUAUGAAAAAAAAAAAACGUUUGAGUUUAGGUGUGAAAUGUCAUCAAGUCUAAAUAUGCCUCACUUAUGACGGCAAAACAGUUCGGCUGAAGACGUCAUAAUUCAAGGAAUAUAAACUUUCAAUGUUCAAAACAAUCAAGCUGCUGUGUCAUAUUUUAUCAAUUUAACUGGUCUUAUAAACCAAGCAAAAGAUGACUGGAAUAGCGGUAGAUUGGUGUAAACAGACAGAACUCUGAAUAUGAAUGAGAAUGAAAGUUUGUUUCAAACUCUUUAUGACAUUGCACUCGAGUCGAUCUGCAGUCACUGUAUUUCUGCUUCCUCUAAAGUCAGCUGAUUUAAUCGGUGAGGCGGUGACUGACUUGACAUCGAUCUUACCGAGGUCAAAAUAACUUAAAUUAACUUCUAAAAGUUCAGAUAACAGGCCUCUGGCAUCUCAAAGUUGAAAAUUGAAAAGCUUCUAUUAUAGAAAUGGCUUCUUUGCUUUUCUACGGUUCUAAACUGGCAGCAUGUGGACUGGUCCUGAGCAUUUGGGGUGUCAUUAUGCUGGCAAUGCUGGGGAUUUUUUUCACCACACAUUCAGCCGUGCUCAUAGAGGAUGUACCUUUCACAGAGAAAGACUUCAAUUUCCCCCAUGUUGGCAUAGGAUUCUUGUCAUUUUAUCAGGUUCACCUGAACAAGCGUAAGGAAUAUCUGGUGCAUUAGUACCAUCUAGUGAUUGGAGUAUAACUCUACCUCUAAAUUACCUGGUUGUGUUUGUAAUAAUGCUCGAAUGAAUGUAGAUAAUUAAGAAUGUAUUUAACUGGGAUUUUCUUGAUUGCCUUUCUAUCUUUAAGCCUAUCAUAAAAUAUAAGAUGUCCAUUAUUAUUAUUAUUAUUAUUAUUAUUAUUAUGUGGUAAUUCAUUACCUUCCAUAGUUCCAUUUAUCUGUGGUCCUACCAAGCACUGCUGAUAAAUGUUUUAAUUGUGAUUUUAUUUAUACUUAACAUCUAUAGAAUAUACAGACUACAGAAGUACAUGGAAUUUCACAUGGUCACAUUUGUUCUGUUUUCACAAUAAAUGACUGAAAAUAAAACUGCCUGUGCAAUUUGUCAACAUAGGAAUUGAUCAGUAUAGACCUUGUCUCUCAGCUAACAUGGUUCCAAAAUUAGAGACUAUCUUUUAGAUGUACAAUUA